GUCCUUCAAGCCAUGGUAUCAAAAGAAGAGUUCCUACAGGGGCAUAAAGACCAACCGCUACGUAGCAAACAUUGGAAACUUGGCUGAGGACCCAGAACUGCAGUGCUUCUGUCCCCAGCCAGACAAGUGUCCUCCAAAAGGCCUAAUGGACCUGGCUCCUUGUAUCAAGGCCCCGAUGUACGCCUCUAUGCCUCAUUUCUUGGACUGUGAUCCGGCUUUGCUGAGCAAGGUCAAGGGUCUAAAUCCUGAUGUCAAUGCGCAUGGAAUUGAGAUUGAUUUUGAACCGAUAUCAGGCACACCGCUGGUAGCAAGACAAAGGAUCCAAUUUAAUAUUCAACUGCUAAAAACUGACAAAUUAGACCUUUGCAAGGAUCUUUCUGGAGAUAUUGUACCUUUAUUCUGGAUUGAAGAGGGGUUAGCUUUGAACAAGACGUUCGUGAACAUGCUGAAACACCAGCUCUUCAUACCAAAGAGAGUAGUAGGAGUACUGCGCUGGUGGAUGGUGUCCUUCGGAAGCCUUGGAGCAGUGAUUGGAAUAGUGUUCCACUUCAGAGAUCACAUAAUGCGUUUAGCCGUUUCUGGAGACUCGAAGGUGUCAAAAGUGACACCCGAGGAAGUGGAGGAGCAGAAGGACAUCAGUGUAAUCGGGCCAGCACAGGAACCAGCCAAGAUCAACAUAUAAUCCACCUUCAGACGACUCUUCACCUUAGUUGUAAUAUGGAGUCGUCGAUACGGGAUGGUGAACCGAGGAAUAUGGGCCCAAACUUACAAAUUCCUUGUUAGACAUAGAAGAAAUUAGAUGAUAGUAUAGUGUAGAUGAAUUAGAUGAUUGUAGAUGUAAGAUAGUGCUAAGGAGAUAUACGAGGAUAAGCGAAAAUUCCCUUUAUCUGUAUUGUAACUUUCGUGAGACAUAAUAAUUGACGACAGUCGCCACGUCGCGGGUCGCGAAAUGCU